AUGGUUGCCAUGGCGUCUCCCAUCUUGGAGACAAGCGAUGACAGCGACUAUGAGAGCCAACGGCGCCCGCAGAGACCGGACAGGGACUCAACAGGACCAAGACAACGAAGCCCUAGCUCUGCCAGCGGUGGGGGAGACAGAGGGGGAGACAGGCCCUCUAAAUGUGCCACUGGUGGAGAUGAAGAGAGAGAUAAAGGGGGAGACAGCAGAGGGAGAGGGGGAGAAAGCCCCUCUGCUGAUGUCUCAGGGACAGGGGCAGGACCAGGGAGGCGUGGCUCGGCCAAAGCAGCCAGCGGAUUGGUGGAGAGCCUGAAACUGAUGAGCCUGCCCCUGAGCUCCCAGUUCCACAGCCUGACAGGUGGGGGAGGAGGGGUGAGGGGGGGAGGUUCGGACCACCAGGACCGGCCGAUGUGGAGGAUGUGUAUGGGGGGGGGGUUCGGACCACCAGGACCGGCCGAUGUGGAGGAUGUGUAUGGGGGGGGGUUCGGACCACCAGGACUGGCCAAUGUGGAGGAUGUGUAUGGGGGGGGGGGGGGUCGACAUGCAGCCCGGAAAAGGUUUCUCUCCAACAGCUCCCUUACUUUGAUGUUGCGCAAUGACAAUCUUUAG